AAUCGCCAUGUGAUUCUGAACCAUGUUUUAACGGAGGAAAAUGUUCGACUGUUGGAGAUUCAUUCGAGUGUAAAUGUCCUUCUGGUUAUAAAGGGAAAAGAUGUCAGCAAAUAGGUACGACUUCAUUCUAUUUCAUUUUCUUUUGCACAUUUCUAUUAAUUUAUACCUUUGUAAUUCUUUAACCAAAAUUGUGAAAAAAUGUUUUAGUAUCUCCGUGUGAUUCUGGACCAUGUGAAAAUGAAGGUGAAUGUUCAAAUGUUGGAAAUUCCUUCGACUGUAAAUGUCCUUCUGGUUAUAAAGGAAAAAGAUGUCAGGAAAUAGGUACGAUUACGGCACCGUAUCUGUUGCACAUUGCUAUUAAUUGAUACCCUUUGUAUUCCUUUAACCAAAAUUGUGAAAAAAUGUUUUAGUAUCUCCGUGUGAUUCUGGACCAUGUGAAAAUGAAGGUGAAUGUUCAAAUGUUGGAAAUUCCUUCCAGUGUAAAUGUUCAUCUGGGUACAAAGGAAAACGAUGUCAGAAUAAAGGUAUUGAAAGCAAGUUGCAUAAUAAUGUUAUUAUAUACUUGUAUAUACAAAGCAAUGGUACUCAUUCGGUAUGGAAUUAACCGAUAUAUGGGAUGAAAAGAAGAUACGGCUGGUACUGAGUUCUAUCAUUAAAUCACAUUGAACCACAGGCGAAACUUUUAUAACAGUAUAAAAUUGCCAUGCAAUUGCAACUUUCCUUAAAGCGUGUUAUUUCUUUAAUUAUAAAAAAUGUUUAAAUAAUUGUUUAAAUAAAUGCCCCAUGUGAUCGCUUUAAUUUUGUUCAAAAGUAAAUAAUUUUUAACACAAAAAAAUUUUUCGUUUAAUCUUUAUGUAUUAUUUAAAACAUGGCUUAUAUAUCAUAAAACACUGCUGGCCAAGUCUAUUUAGGUCUGAUAAAUCACGUACUGCGGAUGUUUUAAAGUUGCUUCAAAAACGAUUGAUCUAGUAAGUUCAUUGGCAAAGCAAUUCUCAAAAAAUACGUUGUGUAAGUCGAGAAAAUCAAAGUUUAUGCAAAUCAAGGGAAAUCUCUAUCACAUAUAUAAAGAUACGACACGCUUAUGAUUUUUCUUUGAGUCACUGUUUUCCUCAUGAAUUUUUAAUGAGUUUUUGAAGCCUUUACACAAACCUCUUUUACAAUUUAUAAAACGUAUUUCAUAUACAUGUUUAAUUAAAACAUGAUCUACUGAUAUCUAGUGAGAUUUUCAUAGUGGAAAAUUGACAAUGUCCUUCGUUCUGACUUACUUAUAGUAAUCUGUAAUUUUGUUUUUGAAAAACUGUAGUAUCCAAUUUGCACUAAAAAUCAUGUAUUACGUGUACUAAUGAUGCACGGGACAAAUUUUACAUACACAAUCCUGGAUAUAUCGUUUAUUAAAAACAUGUACUGACUCUGUAACUGACUCUAUUUUUGAUAAACAUUUGGAAUCUACCAAUGAAUAAAUCAAAUUCACUAACGCCCUAAUAACAUCCCUAUUAUGAUAAUGGUGGGAAAUCUUUUGAAGAGGGAGGAUUGGCUCAGUCAACCCGGGCCGUACUAUGAAAGGAAAAAUUACAAAACUUUGCAGUCGCCCCGUUAAUUGAGCAAGUGAAGCAAAUCAGGCUUCAAAAAUAAUUUCUUAACUGUUUCACACAAAAAAGAUUUAAAGUUUUAUGCAUAACUUAAAAGUACCUUAAAAAUGAUGAAGAAUGGCUUGAACAAUUUAUUCACAGCUCAUCUCGUUCCCAAGUUAUCGAGCAUUUUGUAUUUUUGUGUCAUGACGUCACCAGUUGUACUCGAGAUGGCAGCAAAAGAAGAAAGUCUAAUAUCUCAGAAGUGAUUCAACGAAAUUGAAUGAAAUUUGGUACAGUUGGUAAGUGCGUCUAAGAAAACAUUUUGGAACGUUUAUACGGUUGUCAUAGUAAUACACUGGUUAUCAGGUCUCCCCUUCUUAUUUUAGUGAUGUCUAACAACGAUAAAAAUAAAUGAACAUAACAAAAACGACUGUCUUGUUUGUUGGAAGCAAAGAAUUGGACAAAUAGGACAAGAGAGUACUGGUAACUAAUGUAUUACUGUGACAACCAUACCAUAGAAACGUUUCAAAAUGUUUGCUCAUGCGCACUUACUCACUACCAAUUUCAUUUAAUUUCGUUGAAUUUCUGGUAUAUUAGACUUUCGUCUUUUUGCUGCCAUCUUUAGCACAACCAUAGUGACGUCAUACCACAAAUAUUAUACAAUUACUUUAUGGUUUCCGUGUUUGGAUGACAAUGUUGCGAGAGUUAAGAAAAGCCAAGUGUUUGGAUUAGGCCAUCCAAACACGGAAACAAUAAAGUAAUUGUUUUAUAAAAUAACAACUUUCCGCGUUAAAAUUUCACUUUAAAAAACUUUCACUUUAAAUUUUCGUGCUUGGAUGACCUGAUCCAAACACGGGUUUCGACCAAUCAGAGCAGGCGUUAUAUAUAUGUUAUUUUAUAAACAAAAUUCCUGAUAACUUGGGAAGAAGAUGAGCUGUGAAUAAAUUGUUAAGGCCAUUCUUCAUCAUUUCAAGGUACUUUCAAGUGAUGCACAAAAUUGGGGAUUUGUGAUUUGAUCUAAUAUCAUAUACCAUAUGUAUAGCUUAUAUUGACGGGAAAUAGACAUUGUUCCAAUGUCCUAACACAUGUAAAUCCUGCUAGUGAUAAGAACAUGUAUCUGAGUACUAUACUGUGACAAAACCUUAAACUCAGUACAACUUUACUGGUCAAUAUUCUCCUCAAUAUAACGUUUUGUAAAUAUAUCAAGAGCCCUCAAAAACGACACAGAGCUAAUUAUUGCUCUAGUAGGACAAUCCUUCAAUAAUAUUAAAACUGCUUAUCUGAAAGACAAAAUCGUCAAUUCAUACAACAUAUGACUUUGUCAACAAAACGCAACAGGCUACACCAAAAAUACAAAAUGAAACUUGGAUGUUUUCUCAUUUCAGUCGUAGCAGUAUGUUCAGCAACAGGUGAUCCUCAUUACAAAACAUUUGAUGGAAGACGUUACAACUUCAUGGGAAAAUGUGAGUACGUCUUGGCCAAGGACUCAAACGAAACGUUUAUAAUUCUACAAGACAGUGAACCAUGUGGUAGGGGAAAAGCGACAUGUACAAAUGCCAUCACGGUAAACAUACAAGGAACGAUAAUAUACCUGAGAAGAGGAGAAAAUGUGUUGGUCAAUGGUGCAAAUGUAACAUUGCCAUAUUCAAACCAAGGUAUGCAUGGAAACGAUACUACACGAUAUUAAUAUGCGCAUUGGCCUAUUGUAUUUUGUGGCCAGCAGGCAGGGCUGAAACAUUUUUUGAAUAUUAAGGCCAUUUGAUAAAAAAAUUAUUUUCUUUAUAUAUGCAUGAUUCGUAUUUAUGUGAUACCUCUUGUAUAUAUUACUUAAUUAUUUAAUUCAUUACUUACUAUUACCUAACUAUUCCUAUGUUACCUAACUAUACCACUGUUCAAAUUCAGACCCUUUGCUUUAAUUGUUUCAAUUAAACUUAAAACUUUCUUUCAUAUAUUCGUUUAGGAAUAAAUAUCAAAACGUUUAAGAAGCGUGGCAUAAAGAUCACAACAGACAUUGAUUUAAUUGUUGAAUAUAAUGGCGUAUUUAAUGUUUUUGUCAAAGUUACGAACAGUUAUAAAGGAAAAUUAUCUGGUCUUUGUGGCAACUUUAAUGGCAAACGUGAUGACGAGUUUAAGACGCCGAAAGAUAAACUUGUACAGAAAGCAGUAACAUUUGGAAAUUCCUGGAAAAUAGGUGACAGUUGUCCUGAUGUCGAAACUGUUGAAGAGGACCCAUGUAAAAAUGCCAGUAAACGUGCACAGAAAGCUAAAGAAGAAUGUUCUGCACUUAAAAAACAACCUUUUUCAAGAUGUAAAAAAGCCUUAGAUCCCAAUGCAGGUUAUAUAAAAGAUUGCGAGUACGAUGUCUGCGCAUGUGAAGAUAAUCCUAAGGCGUGUUUAUGUGAAUCUUUCGCUGCUUACGAAGAAGCGUGUGACGAUUUAGGAAUUGAAAUCAAAUGGAAAAAUCUGAAGAAAUUUGCGAAAUGUAGUAAGUUAAAAUAUAUUGAAUUGAAAUAGCAAUUUAUCCCCAUGGGGAUAUUGGAGACUGGAGAAAGAGGUGACGACCUGCCCACCCAACAAGAUCCAGAAUUUCCCAUAUUUCAGUGGAAAUUAUUAUAUUUGGAAUUAGUAUGCUCACUACGCGCUUCAAGUAUUGCUCUAGGAUAAUCUACUAUCAAUUUAUGAAUUUGAGCUUCCAUGUGUGAUAAACACUCCAAACACAGUUAUUGGGAAAUUCAGAAGUGUCUUUGAUUAUUUAAGGAUUCCUUUGAAACAUAUUUAAUCUGCACUCCUCCCUCAACCACCAUGGGGUUACCUGAGGGUCGAGGUGUCCGAUGAUGCCGUAUUAUGUAUAUGUAUGAAAACGAGUAGGUUAAGAUUCAGGUUAGCAACAACCCUCAUACAUUUACAGUGGGGAACAACCAUUAGAGAUGCUUUAAAGUCCUUUCUGUGCAUACGUUCUGCGCAGACCUCGGGACCCGACCGUUGGAAUGUUAUUAAUGUUUCGCACCUUCCGAAAUUUCUUGAAUUGAAUCUCUAGUCUGUAUUCAUUUACAAGCAUAUAGCGAACCAGAAGAGUGUUAAAAAUUCAGCAUAAUAUAUAUCGAAUCAUUCUUUACAACUGUAGCACUGAGUUCAAAAUGUAAACAAAGCGUUUGUUUACAUUGCGGACUUUACAGCAUCUUUAAAUAUUGAGUAUAUCAUUACUGUAUAAAUUCCCUGCACAAGCAAGUUUGACGGUUGAUACAGCUAGGCCGCGUGCGCCGAAUGAUAGUUACUCUUACCUAACGGUAGAGUUUGAUCGGCUCUGAGGUACACGGCUGUUGUCUCUUUCUCGACUCAGAGACGUUUAGCGUUUUCUAGUCGAAAAGGAGAUGUGGGGCUUAAGGGUUUUGUUGCAAAUUCAAGUCCCGAAUUUAAGACUUUGAAUGUGAGACCCGCGUACCGGGUUUCACAUUUUCUGCUCAGCCUUCAGAACACGACAAAGAACAAGAAAAAAUGGUUGUGGUAGGUUUAUAAAGUGGGAAAGAGCCAUUUAAUAGUGAGCCGGCAACACUGGUUAUUAAAUAUUUUGGGUUGGAAAUAGUUAUUAAAUAUGCAUUCACGCAAAGAGAGAACUGAGAGAAACAGUCUUUAAAGUUGUUAAUAAUGCUCAUACACUGCCUUCAGUUGAUUAAAAGAGGAAUAGAGGGCCGCUCUCUACAGCAAUAUUACAGUGUUCAAAACACGUCAACUGUCAUUCUAUAGGUUCACCAUGUUCCUCAGCUCCAUGUCGAAAUGGAGGGAAAUGUACAGAAGAAGGAAAUUCUUUCAAAUGUACUUGUCUUCCUGGGUUUAAAGGGAAAAGAUGCCAAAAAAAGGGUAUAGAAUCAUAUUAAUAUUGUCAUUUUAAUUGUGUAUAAUAUAGUUACUCAAGGAAAAGAUUCUUACAGGUAAUUUUUCUGAGUCCUGAAAUUUAUGACUGAAAUGAUCAGUAAUCAAAGAAGAGGUAUACUCCACCUGUAUAGGGUGAAUUGUUGUUGGAUUGUUAUACAUUUUCGAUUAUGGAUUGUCAGGGGGAAAUGCAAAUAACAAACACCUAUUCCCAGGAACAGCCAGCCAAUCAACGCCGCGAUAGCGACCGUUUACAAUAUUUGAAUGUAUUGUAAUUUUCCAAACUCUUUCGAUCGUAUAGUAAACGAUCGAUUCAUCAAUAAUUCAUAUUGCAUCUCAUGUAUUAUUCAAAUUUGUAUAUAAAUGUUUCCAUCCUGAGAGAACAAAAAUAAUAUGCUAAUUAUCUUCAAACAAAAUAUGACGUAAGUUCAACACGUCAAUGUUAUAUUUGUUAAAAAAAAAGCUAAACCUAUGACAAACUUGUGUUAAUUGUCAUAUCUUUUAUAAUUUUUUAAAUAAAAUUUACCGUAAAGGGACCAUUGGGCUAUUGAGUACAUACUGUGAAAAUCCUUGAUUUCCAUGGGGGCUAAUCAGUCAAUUUUUCCAGACGGGUAAUGGGAGAAAAAUUCUGUUUCCACAGGGUUUAAAGCUUGAAAAUGCAAUUCCAAAGCGGGUUGAAGACCUUUCCAUACGGGUCAGUUGCAACAAUUAACACAUGUUUGUCAUAGGUUUAGCUUUUUUUCAACCGAAAUAUAAAAUUACUCAGUUCGCCAAUGCCAAUGAACUCAUAAGAUGGGUCGUUUAUAUCAGAUAAAGAUCGGUUGCUCAUGUUUUAACUAGUACUUAUCAAUCCCUUGCGGAGAUUGCCCUACAUGGAACUGCAUUGGUGAAACGACGUUCUAACAUCUACUUUAUUAAAUAAAUUUUUCAAAAUAAUUUACAAGAAACCACCUACAUUUAGCUAGCUAUUCGAGGUAGGUGGCUUUCAAUUAAUCAAUGUAAGUAAUAUUCUUUCACCUGUUGAAGGGUAUAGGUCUGCCGGAAAUAAUCUUGAACUGUCUUUGCCAGUCUAGGUAGUGCCAAUAAAAUGAACAAGAUUUCGUUGGUAGGGAUGCAACUACCUGAGUGAAAAUAUAUCAGGAGAAUUUCGACGUUUCGAACGAAGGCCCUUCCUCUGGAGUUGGGCCAUCGCUCGAAACGUCGAAAUUCUCGUCAUGUAUUUAUAUUUAUAUCUAACCAGAAAACGUUGUGUUUCAUUACGUAUAAUCUUGUGCACGCAUCUUCCAUAUAUUCUUGAAUUAAACUAACUAAAUUAUUUCAGGUUCACCAUGUUCCUCAGCUCCAUGUCAAAAUGGAGGGAAUUGUACAGCGAAAGGAAAUUCUUUCAAAUGCACUUGUCUUCCUGGAUUUGAAGGAAAAAGAUGUCAACAGAAAGGUAGUGAUAUGCCGUGAAUUCUGUCCGUAAUUAAGCCAACGGUGGUUUCACUUAUUUCAGGGACAUUUGCGGGUUGGGGAUAAUAGAAAGGGUGCCCAGAGAUUUGCCGAAACAAAUUGAGGGCUCCAAAUUCGAAACAAGGAAGAAAGAACAUAUUCGAAAUGUUAACAAUUAUGAAAAACGUUCAAACGGGGAUUUACUCACAAAGGAUACACAUAUUGAUCACGGGCAUAUUAUCGGAAAAGGAAAAAUAAGGAUUAGAAAAACUCCUUGGCGUUCGUUUUCAAAACUAUUUCACCUUUCGAAACUAAUAAUUUUGGUUGGGGCAAUGGCAGUACCACGUAAAAAAUGUGCAAUGAUGGUGUAGCCAGCUGAGCACGCAAUUAUUAAUAUUUAUUAUACUGUACAAAUUUCUAUAAAUUACAUAAAUUCCUUAGCUUGUUUUGGAUUUUUGCAAAUAGUAAUCGCGCAUUAAAAGGACAGGAACGUCACUUAUUUUAUUAAUUAAAAAAAUACUUUUUCUAUAGAAUCGCCAUGUGAUUCUGAACCAUGUUUUAACGGAGGAAAAUGUUCGACUGUUGGAGAUUCAUUCGAGUGUAAAUGUCCUUCUGGUUAUAAAGGGAAAAGAUGUCAGCAAAUAGGUACGACUUCGUUCUAUUUCAUUUUCUUUUGCACAUUUCUAUUAAUGUAUACCUUUGUAAUCCUUUAACCAAAAUUGUGAAAAAAUGUUUUAGUAUCUCCGUGUGAUUCUGGACCAUGUGAAAAUGAAGGUGAAUGUUCAAAUGUUGGAAAUUCCUUCGAGUGUAAAUGUCCUUCUGGUUAUAAAGGAAAAAGAUGUCAGGAAAUAGGUACGAUUACGGCACCGUAUCUGUUGCACAUUGCUAUUAAUUGAUACCCUUUGUAUUCCUUUAACCAAAAUUGUGAAAAAAUGUUUUAGUAUCUCCCUGUGAUUCUGGACCAUGUGAAAAUGAAGGUGAAUGUUCAAAUGUUGGAAAUUCCUUCCAGUGUAAAUGUUCAUCUGGUUACAAAGGAAAACGAUGCCAGAAUAAAGGUAUUGAAAGGAAGUUGCAUAAUAAUGUUGUUAUAUACUUGUAUAUACAAAGCAAUGGUACUCAUUUUGUAUGGAAUUAACCGAUAUAUGGGAUGAAAAGACGGUUGAAGAUACGGCUGGUACUGAGUUCUAUCAUUAAAUCACAUUGAACCACAGGCGAAUCUUUUUUAACAGUGUAAAAUUGCCAUGCAACUUUCCUUAAAGCGUGUUAUUUCUUUAAUUUUAAAAAAUGUUUAAAGAAAUGUUUAAAUAAAUGCCCUACGUGAUCGCUUUAAUUUUGUUCAAAAGUCAUUUUUAACACAAAAAAUUUUUCGUUUUAAUCUUUAUGUACUAUUUAAAACAUGGCUUAUAUCUCAUAAAACACUGCGGCCCAAGUCUAUUUAGGUCUGAUAAAUCACGCACUGCGGAUGUUUUAAAGUUGCUUCAAAAACGAUCGAUCUAGUAAAUUCAUUGGCAAAGUAAUUUUCAAAAAAUUCGUUGUGUAAGUCGAGAAUAUCAAAGUUUAUGCAAAUCAAGGGAAAUCUCUAUCACGUAUAUAGAGGAUAUUAGACGGUUGCGAAGAGAUAUGGAUUUUAUGUUCGAGUGGCAAAAAUAAUAUCUCACGAGUGAGCGCAGCGAACGAGUGAGAUAUUUUUUUUUGUCACGAGAUAUUGUUUUUGUCACGAGAUAUUGUUUUUGUCACGAGAUAUUGUUUUUGUCACAAUAUCACGGAAUAUGGCGGAAUAUCACGGAAUAUGGCGGAAUAUCACGGAAUAUGCCGGAAUAUCACCGAAUAUGGCGGGAUAUCAUGGAAUAUCACGACAUUUUCCCGGAAUAUACCGGAACAUCACAAUAUUUUCCGAUGGUAGCCAUGCGACUGUUUGUAAACAUGGACGUCUGACAACAUAUUUUAUUACAAAAGUGAUGGAUCUUUCCCAUUUUGACGGUAAGUAACAAACAAUAACUCUAUACUGGAAGUUUUAUAUGUUGUUUAUAUUAUUAUUACGAGUGUUGAUCAAAAAUUGUGAAUCAAUAUGAUUAAUUCCUCCUGAGUUACAGCGUCUUGAAAAACAAAAGUGCUGACGUCAGCAUUAUUUCGAACUCCUUAACUGUGUUAAAGCCCGUUUACACUUGCAAUUUUUGCUGCGAUUUCUACAGCGAUUUCCUCCUAAUGCAUGUGAACAAGUCGAUGUAUUACGAAUGUUCGGCGUAGAUGUACCCUCAUCAGAACAUUCAUAACUUAUCCACUCUUUCACAUGCAUCAGAAGAAGAAAAUUGCACCUAAAAUCGCAGUAAGAAUUGCAAGUGUGAACGAGCCUUUUAUACACAAAAUUUAGUUAAAAAUUAUUGGUUAAGGUUUAAUAAGACGGGACUUUUUACCUGAUAUAAACAACUGGCUCAAAGUUGCCUUAAUUUUAGCUUUUGAUUUUUGGAUAAACGCUUGGUGGUAUAAAAUGGUCAAUUUUAACUAAAUUUUGUAUAUAACACAGUUCUGAAGGCGUUCGAAAAUAAUGCUGACGUCAGCACGUUUGUUUUUCAAGACGCUGUAACUCAGGAGGAAUUAAUCAUAUUGAUUCAAAAUUUUUGCUGAACACUCGUAAUAAUGAUAUAAAACUUCCAGUAUAGAGUUAUUGUUUGUUACUUACCGUCAAAAUGGGAAAGAUCCAUCACUUUUGUAAUAAUAAUAAUGUAGUAACGGAAAACUUUUAAUAGAUUCAUAGUCUUUGAUAAUGGUUUCCGUUUAGGAAACCGAAACGUUAGACAAAUUAAAGUAUCUUACCUUUUUGUUAAUCUGGAAGAACAAAUAAAACAUAAUCUAUAUUCUAUCAUUUAAAAUUGUACUCAUAAUUAAUUUAUUUAAUUUUAUUAGAAUUGACCAUUGACACAGAAUAGGAAGGUAUAGCAGAAGCGUAACUCAAGCAAGUAUUUGUCCGCGUUUUUACAAGCGAUUCGUCAUCAAUCACGCCAUCCUGGCUAGUACAACCGGCACUUUGUACCUAGCAAAACCUGAUAAAAACUUCCGGUUGUACUAGCCAGGAUGGCGUGAGCGAGUUAAAAUUUUCGUGGACGUAAAACAAUAAGGGAAACGACUAGAGUUACGCUUCUGCUAUAGCUUCUUAUUCUGUGCCAUUGACGUGAUGCGCUUGACGCGCGAGCAGCGAGUCCAAUUGCUGCGUAAUAAAUCUAAAACAAUUACCUUUUUCAACGACAUUGAGGAUUAAAAUCAUAGAAGAACUGUGUGUGAAGUUUUCGUCUUUGGAAAAGAGAAAUUUGAUUGGUAAAGUCUUGGAUAUUCGUUGUGUAUUUUGUGGAUUUGUUUAUUGAUUUGGCUGAAAUUGCAAGAAAUUAUUACAGUUGGUUUUGAGCUCGCGCGCUACUUGGACGGUUGGUUCUGGCGUGCGCACACAGAAUACGUGAUACUCUUACGUGAUUCGAAGAACUAUAUUGCGAAAUUCGUUCGAUUAAUAUUUGUGCGCGUGCGACAAGUAGAAUUAAAGAUCUCGCCAGAAUUAUGUUGCAUUCAAAUAAACUGCUUCAAAGUUUGCUCGCGGUGACUCUUUUACUUCAUGUGGCCAUUUGUAUCGCGGCUGUACCGUAUUCGUAUCGAACGUUGUCAUAUUCCGUUCUCGGCAAACCCACCUACUCGUAUAAAGUACCUGCGCCAAUCCCAACAAAGCACAAAUGGCUCAAGUCCAGGAUUCAGUACUACAGCAAUACCACUGCGUCAUACAACUUGACUACCACCGCUAUUCUAGCCUGUGGCGAUGUGCAUACUAAUCCAGGACCAGCUUUGGGUAGCUCUAGAAAACAAGUUGGGGCAAAACUGAACAGUUUAAGAGCUUUGUAUCUAAACGCUCGUAGUCUAAAGGCAACCGCAGAAUCUACGGACGACAAGACAAAGAAAACCAGUAAGUUGACCAUUCUUCAGAAUCUUGUUUAUCUUGAACAGCAUGAUAUCGUAUGUGUGUGCGAAACCUGGUUAAAUGAAUUAAUUCUUGAUAACGAAAUUCUACCUGGUUACACCAUUCAUAGAAAAGACCGACCCGGGAACAUGAGAGGUGGCGGAGUCCUUGUAGCGAUAAGAAAUGAACUGCGCUCAUCUCGAAGACUGCUACUUGAAGGUCAACAAAGUGAACAUCUCAUGAUCGAACUGUAUCCUGCGAACUGCUCGAAAUUCCUAUUAAGUCUCUUCUAUAGACCACCAAAUUCUGAAGAAGAUAUACUAAUUGAGUUGAGAGACUCUCUUGAUCGUUUAGAUGAAUCAUGUCAACUUGUUCUGGUCGGUGAUUUUAACCUACCCAAUAUUGACUGGUCAUUGGACUUUCCUUCUCCCACAUCUAAAGGCAGUUUCAAGGAGGAACUUUUUUGCGAGAUUAUUACAGAUCAAUUCCUCUACCAAAAAGCUGUCGGUCCGACACACCUGCAUGGUAAUAAAUUGGACUGUGUAUUCUCGAAUUCUCCGAAGCUCAUCACGAACGUGAACUGCACAAAUCCAACUGAUCUAUUUCCAACUGAUCAUUACCUUAUCGAGUUCGAUAUCAAAGUUUGUUUUCAAAAAGCAAAAUCGAUAAGACGAACAGUGUAUGACUUCAAUAAUGCAAACUUCGAUGGUGCUCGUGAACAUCUAAUGAAUGUCCCUCUCGAUUCUGCGAUAUCCAAUAAUUCAGAUAUAGACGAAUGUUGGAAAGCAUGGAAAGAUCUAUUUAUCACAGCGAUAGAUAAAUUUGUACCUAAAAAGACAGUCGUUGACACCAACACACCACCUUGGAUAGACCGGGAUGUUAAACACAUGAUUAAGAAGAAAUAUACAGCUCUACGACAAUAUCGUCAGAAACGAACGGAAGGACGAAAACGCAAACUCCGUCAGUUGAUACAGGAAACUAAGGACUUGAAAACGCCAUCAAUACAUAGAAAAAGUUCAAUAUUCCCUCGCAAAAUCACCUAAGUUAUUCUGGUCCUACCACAAACAUAUCCUCCGCAAUAGAAAUUCCCCACCUGAUAACACGUACAACAACUCAACUGCAACAGCACCACACAAAAAAGCAGAACUUUUCAACGCAUUCUUCGCCUCUGUUUUUCUUCUGAAGUCAUCUCCCCAAGAUGCAAACCUGAACAUGACACCGAAAACUGACGAAAUAAUAUCUGAUAUUCAGAUCUCGCAGAAUGAAGUCGAGCAGUACCUUAACCAUUUGGACACAACAAAGGCUUAUGGCCCAGACGGAAUACCACCACGUCUGCUGAAAGAAUUCUCAAGAGAAAUCUCGACAAGCCUCUGCAGUUUGUUCAACAUGUCCUUAACAACAGGCCGCCUACCUAUGGAAUGGAAACAUGCGAACGUUGUACUCAUCCACAAAAAAGACUGUGUCGAACCCGUGACCAACUACCGUCCCAUUUCCCUUCUGCCAAUAAUUUCCAAAGUUCUCGAAAGAUGCGUUUUCAAUAACAUUUACCCCUUUGUUCGUGUACUGAUCAAUAAUGUCCAACAUGGCUUCUUAAGAAAUCGUUCAUGUAUAACCCAGCUUCUAGGUAUACUACAUGACAUUGGUAAAAAUCUGGAUCGAAACAAACAAAUCGAUGUGCUAUACCUAGAUUUCUCGAAAGCGUUCGACUCUGUAGAUCAUGACAUCCUACUUCACAAACUACAAAUGCAUGGCAUAAACGGAACGCUUUUACGAUGGUUCGAAAACUACUUGAACGAUAGAUGGCAGCGAGUUGUCAUUGAUGGUGCAGCCUCUGCACGGUCUCCAGUAACAUCAGGUGUACCGCAAGGCAGCAUUCUUGGACCGUUGCUCUUUGUUAUAUUCAUAAAUGAUCUUCCCGAUAACGUUUCACCCAGUACGAACUCAGCACUGUAUGCAGAUGAUUCAAAGUUAUACAGAGAAAUAAAAUCGGUAGAAGAUUGCCAGUUCCUGCAAGACGACCUUGCCAAACUGGAAAAGUGGAGCACUGAUUCAAAAAUGCGAUUUAACACUGAAAAGUGCAAAGUGCUGACAAUAUCAAGAAAGCAACACCCAACGCGAUUUCCAUAUCGCAUAUAUGGUAAUGAAUUAUCUCCUUGUCAAGUCGAGAAAGAUCUUGGUAUGCUCGUGACCAGCAAUUUGAAAUGGGGCCCACACAUACUGAAGAUGGUGGCGAAGGCAAAUAAAAUGCUUGGUAUCCUCAAACGCUCAUGCUUUGACAUUAACCACACCCAGGUCAGACGGACCUUAUAUCUAACGCUAGUUAAAUCUCAACUUGUUUAUGGAAGCGAGAUAUGGUGUCCUCCUAACAACAGCCACUUAUCAAAGAAAAUCGAAGGAGUUCAAAGAAGAGCAACACUGUGGAUACUAAAGAAGAAACGCGGAGAACUAAGUUACAAACAGCGCUUAAUGCAACUUAAUUUAAUCCCGCUUGUAUACGACAGAGAACAGAAGGACUUGAUAUUUUUCUAUAAAUGCAUGUACGGUCUCACAGAUUUUGACAUAUCGCAGUAUGUUGAAGUUACAACGGGAAGGACACGCGCGGCCACUUCUGGUCUUCUGAGAACACAAGCAUGCAAAACAAGUACAUUUCAAAGUUCGUAUUGUGUUAGAAUUGUUAAACUGUGGAACUAUGUUUGUACGUCUGCUCCUUCGUAUUGUUAUGUCACUGUCUCCUCUUUUAAGUCAUACUUGCGCAAGACUUACAUCCACCUCACUAGUACUUCUUAUACUCCUGACUUACCUAGUUCACACUCACUUAUCACGACUCAAUAAAAAAUAUCUAACAUUUCUCUCUUUGUCUUUUCAUUCUUUCUGCCUUUUCAUUCUCUUAGUCUUUUCAUUUAAUCUUCCUUGUCUUUGUUUCUUGUCUUUGUUUGUUGUCUAGUGGUGAGCACCUUGCAUGGGACAUAGUCUCGUUUGUGUUUCGCCACUUUUGGCACUUUCCUCGUCUUCUUGUACAAUGUAAUUGUCCGUUUAAGUUAUGUAAAUAUUCAGUUUUUUAUGUGCCAAAUUAAAGUUGUUAAAUACCAAUAAAAUAUGUUGUCAGACGUCCA